AUGUGUGUGGUUCUUUUCGCCGCUGCCGUCUUGGCCGCGCCCGAGGGAAAGCGCGACAAACGCGGCUACCUUCAUGGGGACCUGCAUCACUCCCUGGAUUUCGGCCACAGCUUUGACUCCGUGCAUUUGCAUAGUGCCCCCAUCAUUCACAGCGCGCCUGCCGCUAGGAUCAUCUCCGUCAAUAAAGUGGUGGAGGUGCCACGAGUGGUCGAAGUGAAGAAAAUCGUCUCAGUCCCCAAAGUUGUGUCAGUGCCAGAAAUCGUGAGAGUGAACAAGAUCGUCGAGGAGCCACACUUCCACUUGGGUUCUUCCCACUACUCCCUGGGUUCUUCUUACUCUUCCGGAUGGUGGUAA